AGCUCUACCUUGCUCGGUCGCAAUGCGCCGCUCAACUAAUCCAACUUCGAUCGCCUUCUACACCAUUAACCGCUUAUUGUAGUCUGCAAACUGGCAAGGCUGUCCUGUCUGUAUCAUCAAACUGCAAUUUGCCCCACUUCAUCAACCCCUCCAAGAUGAGCUUGCGAAACUUCCUGCCAAUUGUUGUAGCUGUUGUGGCUGGUGUCGGCAUCUCCACUCACACCUUGAAGCCUGCUCUUGAAGAGCAAAAGAGACUUCGCGAAUCGAAAGAGCAGCUACCGAGAACCCUUCCUUCCGGUGAACCGAACAGCCCGGACUUACAAAUCCCGAACAUAAUGACACCCAGAUCUGGCGCUGAUGCAGAUAGCUCUUCGCGGAAAACCUGAGGUGCAAAAGAGUGCACAGAAGACAUAAGAAAAGCCAGGGCUAAGCAUCUUCAAUUGGGGCAAGGCAAUAGGACUGCGAUAACUGCCCAAAAGCAAAUACAAAUGCAACACGAGAUGGAGCUUCCUGAACUGAUCAUAGCAAGGCGUUAUUCCCCGGGCGACUUGGGGUUAUGUUGAAAAUGCGGCAGUCAAACUGGAAGUCACGCCAGAUUGAAGGCAUACAUCAGAUUAAUUGCCAGAUAGAAGUCAAGUCAGAAUUCAUAUAAAGAUCGAUGUAAAUAUGUAACAUAAGGCGAGUCCCGCGAGUUGGGCGAUUAAGAAUGCUGAAAGAGUCAGGCAAGGUUUGCAUAUGCACUUAGCUGGUGACGUCCCAUUAGCCGAAAUGCACCGUGAUGUCAAGGUUGCCGUGGGUUUUCCGGAAGCACAAGUGCUGUGUUUUCCAGGCUUCAAAGCAACACUACCUAUGAUUCUGAAUCACUACAAAGCUGGUG